AUGUCUGUAAUUGCAAUUCACAGUGAUAGUGAAUUCAAUUCGAAAUUCAAUGCGAAUAAAUCCAAAGCUGUUUUCGUGGAUUUCACCGCUUCCUGGUGCGGACCGUGUCAAUACAUCGCUCCAAUCUUUGCCGAACUAGCCGGACAAUAUCGAGGAGCUGUUUUUCUCAAAGUAGAUGUUGAUGAAUGCAGUGGAACUUCUUCGCAGUAUGGUGUUCGGGCUAUGCCGACUUUUAUGGCUUUUGUGAAUGGGUGAGAUUUAUUUUAAAAUAAAUUUUCAAUCAAAAUGAUGAGCGUGGACUGAAUUCGGAUAAAUAAAUGAUUUUUUCUCAUUUUAGGCAACACAAGGAAACCCUACAAGGCGCAAAUGAAAGUGGAUUGCGAGCAAUGGUAAAGAAAUACGGCUCAACUACCCCUACAUGGUCAGGAAGUGGACAAAGACUAUCUGAUGCACCGCAAGCUUCUCCAAGUCGCCCAUCUGGAUCAUCUCAACAAUCAGCUCCAGCUGCCGCUGGACCAAAUCCACUCAUCGAUGGAAUUAUCAUGGUCAAUCAGCGUCUCCAGGGCUUCGGGCUUAGCCCAUUCACGAUCCAAGGAUUCGUGAUCCAACCCGUUCAUCUUCUGGUAGCUGCGCUUGCUCUUUUCUUCAUGGGACCUUUUGGGCUUCUCGUCUCAGCUGCAAUUGUUUUCUUCACCCAAGGAAGCACAGCUACACAACCAUCUGCUGCAGGAAUGGAGAACCCGUUCCAUCAACCACCAAGUAGUUAUGGCGGACCGAGAGAUGAAAGAGCGAGAGGAGGAGAUAACUCGAAUACAAAGCCUUUCAUUGGAGCUGGUCAACGUCUUGGAGGACAAUAA